UCUCUCUCUCUCUCUUUUGUGUUAUGCCUUGCAAGUGCAGAUUUGCGUGUUUGCCGCGACACUACUAUUGGGCCUGCAUUAUCAUAGACAUAAUCAUUUUGAUUGUUUAUCUGGAGGAUGCGCGAGAGAAUAUUUACAUUAUCCAGAGCAUACCCGUGACCUUUAGUUAUCUGCCGUGUUUUGCGGUCAUGGUCCUGCUGCAUUUGCUUAGCCUCAUUCUGCUCAUUGUGGACGCCAUUCUGGUGUACAAAGUCAAGUUUAAUGCUCCCGAAUUGUGGGUGGGCAUCUUCGUGGUCGUUGGUGUCUGCCCCCUAAUGCUCGGAACGUAUCUGUUCCACGAUCUGUACGACAUCUUCAGCGUGGUGUACAUGUUCAACACCAAACAGCUGAACGACACCGAAGAGAUGUACAAAUGCUGCGGCAUGCUGGGGCCAGCGGACUACAAUUAUCCGCGGCGUACGGGGCCGGAGACCUGCUACCGAAACAAGACGGUGACCCAUGAGAAUCUCUACAAGCGGGGCUGUGUCGGUGCCAUGUUUCCCGGCUGGACCGUCUUCUUCCUGUGCAAUGCCUAUGCCUACAGCUUCAUUAUGGUCAUUGUGCUGUUGGUCCUGCACUUUCGCAUGAAGGCCCUUUACCAGUUGAUUCGCGAGGAGGUGGAAAGGGGCCGCGUGAGCCGCAGAAGCUUCUGGGUCUGAAGUUCAGACUCCAGCAAAUGUCCACCACCCGUAAUGAAACUGCAGCAGCAGCCGCCAAAGCCAAAGCCACAGCCGCCCACGGCAUCCGGCGAGACUCUGGUUAGCCGCAGGGGCAACCACAGACACAGCGACACCGGUGCAAAUGCCUUUUAAUUUGUCAAAAGCCUAAAAUAUGAAAAUUAAAUGAGAAACCAAAGU